CGAAUAUGUAAACAUUCAAGAUGGCUACGGAAGAAGCAUAUAUUGGGACUUGGAAGAUUGUCGAGUGCGUGUCGCUGGCAGGAACAGUAGAAACAACUGGAAUCGAAGGGACAGAGUUCAAUCUAGAUGAGAGUGGGGAUGUCUCCUGGAAAGUAUCUGAUGAUGUGGAACCACUGCCUUUCUUCAACUGUGAAACAUUUGAGGUGAACGAGCUGAAUGCAGAAGGAAACAGAAAUGGUAGGCGUACCUGUUUGGGUUUCCCCUGCAUUUUUCUCUGGAGCAUAACUCCAAAAGUUUUUCAGGUAGUAACAGGGAAAGGCUAUGGCCAUAAAGCUAUAAAGUUUAUAGGCACUUAUGCGGGGCUAGAAGUCAACUUUCAGGUUGAAAUAUCUGAUGACCUUAUGCUGCUAACAUAUGAACGAUGUUGCAUGCUGCAGUGCCAAAAGAUCUCAUCGCCGGACCCGAAGGAUGACAUUCCAUACUCGUUCCUGGGUGCACUGGAGGAAGGCUUCUUCUCAGAUCUGACCAUCACAGGAGAAUCUGGCAAAGAUUUCCAUGUUCACACAACAAUCCUGCGCCUGACAACUCCAGGAAUAGACUGGUCCAAGACCCCAACACCCCUGACUGGUUUACCAAAUGAUGUGCUGCAGAUAACACUUCACUACAUUUAUGCAGAGUGUUUGCCUAGAGGGGCAACAGAGGAAGCUGUCAGAAGAUGUGUGAAAAUGGUGGCCAAGAUCCCAGACCUGGCUGGGUUUAUCAAAUUGUGCAAUAUAUUUCUAGAAAAUACUGCUUUAAAGCAGCAGAUAACAGCCCUGGUGACGGACAUGCACAGUUCAGCAGACAAGGUUAUAGAGUUGUUCCGGGGCAUGAAGGUGGAUGAAUCUAGUCAGAUGCAGUCCAGUUCAGUCAACCCUGCCCGCCUCUGUUAUAUUACAAAACAGUGUCUCAGGGAGGCAGCCACUGCUCUUUCCAAGUUGUUAGUUCUCUGUGAUUUGUUUUCAAGACGUAAGGCUGAGCUCUCAAGAGAAGAAAGAAAUGACAUCAUUAAGUAUGCAAGGUCAAGGAUACCGGUGUUUUUACGUCAGUGGUUGGAGUUAUUGGAGGAGUGUAAGGGUCAACUGGGUAAUCUCACCCCACAACAGAGGCAUGACCUCGCCACCUACCUGGUACCUGAGAUAGAGCAGGGCCUGGAGUUGUUUACACAGUUUGUUGUUGAUGGGAAGGCUGCUCUGGAGCUGAUUAUUUCACACUCAGAGGUGGAGAAGACCGACCGCGCAGACAAACACAGGAAGGGACAUGUCGGUGACGUCCUUGGCAAGAUGCUCAAACAUGCCCUGCAUGUUCGCGAGUUGAAGAAGUUGAAAAGGCUCAAUGAGAGAACAACACUGUCUUUCUUCCACUUUAUGCAACAGAAAGAGUCAUUCUGCACUGUGUCACAGGCUGGCAAAAUAAGAGACAUUGCAAAGUUGUUUGAAUCUCUGUGUGAUAUUGUGCAGAUAUCACACAGUAAGGUGACGGAAAUCCUGGAUGAUAUGGAUGAUUGGUUGUCAUGGCGUGAUUGGAAAUACAUCUUUAAACUAGCAACAUCAAAAAUUUCCUGGGCGAUAUGCAAGGUACAGCAGAACCAGUCUAUGGCCCAGCCCCUUGUGAAGCAAGGGUGUGACAUGGUUCACCGGGAUGAGUUUUCCACCUCCCUUACCUCACUUGGUCUCCUAGCAAACAGUGCCAGUCAAAACAACCAGUCAUCACCAAGCUCUGGCGCCACACCAAAGUGUUCAACAUUUAGAACAAAAUAUGUUCAGUUAAGUUCAGUAGAGUCAUUGUCAGUGUCUCCGUUUGCCCGGGACAGUCAUACAGCCCAGCAAGCCCUAAAGCUUCUCCUGUCGCAGAAAAAUACGGACCUCACUUUCGAGAUUGUACAGGCACAAGAAGUGGGUGACACAGUAAUAGACCACAUGGGCAACACUCCUACUGAGCAUGUACAUGCAGAGAGUGAGGUGGCUGUGUGCCAAGUCCCCGCCCACCGUGUUGUUAUAGCAGCCAGGUGUGACUGGUUUAAACGUGCUCUCCUAAGUGGCAUGAGGGAGUCUAUAGACAGGAAGAUAACAGUACAUGACACCGACCCAUCCUUAUUCCGUGUGUUUCUGGAGUAUGUAUACUGCGGACAGGUGGAGCUCAAUGACCUUUCAACUGAACAGAUAUCUGACAUGAUGACACUCGCAGACAGAUAUGAUGUUGUAUGUCUGCGGUCAAAGUGUGAAUAUGCAUUGAAGCACCACCUAGAUGAAAACACUGUCUUUUACCUUCUCACCCUGGCUGAUCAGCUUACAGCUAAAAACCUCAAGGAGAGCUGUAUGUCAUUUCUGUCUGAGAAUUCCCAACUCUCUACCUGUGAAGUGAUAUCAGACCUGCCAGAACAUCUUCAGUUGGAGGUGGAGGCCGUCUCUCUUACUACCCUGCAAGAAGCUCAUUCGAGCACCGACACUCCAAGCUCCACCUCCAGUGUGUCCGAGAUAGACAACUUCACCGACAGGAUGAAUAUUGAGUCCCCAUUGUCAUCCCCCAGCUCAUCGGAGGUUGCUGUUCCUGAGUCUGCCCGUCUGCAAGAGUGUCUAGAGGGCCUACGGGAAGUGGUCGGCCCUGAUGUUCCUGAGCACGAGCUUGUGAGCAUCUCCCUCGCUGCCGACUGCGACCUCAACCGUGCCAUUAAUUUUUUCUUCCUAUGAGGGCUGAAUGUGUGGAUUGUAUUUAUGUCCCACAACAUUUAAUGGGAGUCAAAUAGAGUUGCUCUUACAUCAGUAUGUAUGUAUGUCCCACUACCUUGUGAGUCAAACUCCUCUUAUAUAGUUUGAGUGAUUAGCUUCAAAUUUUCACAGAUGAUUAGGCAUCGUAUAGUCAUUGACUUUUAGCUCACCUAUUCAAAGAAUAAGGAGGCUUUACUUUUCGCACCGGCGUUCAGUUCAAGUUUAAGGGCUAGUUGGCAUUUUCACUUAUUACUCCAAUACCCUUCAUUCAAUUCACUUAAUUCUUCAGGACCAUCACACUAUGAGGUUACAUACAUGUACAUCCAUAUUAUCUCAAAUACAAAUUAUGGCCCCUUAUUGACUUAGGAACUAAGGUUUAAGAUUUAGGGCACAUUGGUCUAUACUCUUCAUUCAGUUGACUGAAUACUUCACUCAAUUAUUGACGAACAUCUUACAGUUAAGUUGUAUAACACCAUUUCAUCUUAAAUACAAGUUAUGGCCUAAGUUAUGAUUGACUUAGGAACUUAGGUUAAAAUUUUAGGGCACAUCACAUUGUGUGUGGUUAAAGUUUUAUGAUGUUCACAAAUUACAUCUAUACCCUUCAUUCAAUUGGCUUAAUACUUCAUACACUUGUUAAUGGUCAUCACACAAUUAGGUAACAUACUUUAUAUUAUCCGAAAUACAAAUGAUGGCCCUUGAUUGACUGAAAAAGUUAUGGGUAACUUUUUGGUCAACUUUGGGUUUUAACUCAAAUUUCAAAAACUGUUCAAUUAAUGGCCUUCGAUUUUACACAGUAGCCAUCUCACAAAUUUGGUAACAUAACACCAUAAUAGUCAUUGAAAACAUGGUUUUGUCACAUUGCCGCAUUUCUUAUUAACUUUUUAAUUGGACUUUUUUUUGGCAGGCAGGCACAUAUUACAAAAUUAUUGUAUUCAUAUCUAAGACAAAGCAGCAUAUACCCUUACAUUGUAGUAAUAGCGUCCUACGACAGCUCUUGUUAAGGAAAGAUUUUGUACUACAUUUAUUAGCUCGGAACUAUUCGAUGAAUAAGGAGAGAUAUACUACUCACCCAAGCGUCAACGUCGGCGUCACACCUUGGUUAAGGUUUUGGGUGCAAGCACACAUAGGUUAAUAUCUCGGCAAAUACUUGAGGUAUUGCAUUGAGACUUUAUGCAAUGGUACUCAACCAUCCAACCUACUUAAUUAACCAAGUUACCGGUAGAUAACUCUCGUUUGCAUUUAAUGCAAAUAAUAGGCCUUAUUAUUCGACUUAGAAAUUCUGGUUAAGGUUUUGUGUGCAAGCACACAUAGGUUAAUAUCUCAGCAACUACUUGAGGUUUUGCAUUGAGACUUUAUACAAUGGUACUCAACCAUUGAACCUACUUAAUUAACCAAGUUAGAUAACUCUAGUUUGCAUUUAAUGCAAAAUAAUUGCCCUUUAUUAUUUGACAUAGAAAUUCUGGUAAAGGUUUUGAAUGUAACCACUUUUAAGUUAAUAUAUCAGCGAAUACAUCAUGUAUUGUAUUGAAACUUUACACACAGGCUCCCAACCAUUUAACCUUCUUAUUCAAUCAAGUAAGAUGACUCUAUCUUUCAUAUUAUAUAAUUUUUGCCCCUUUAUUAUGCGACUUAGAAAUUCUGGUUAAGGUCUUGCAUGUUAGCACACAUAGGAUAAUAUCUCAGCAACUACUUGAUGUAUUGCAUGGAGACUUCAUACAAUGGUAUUCAACAACCCAACCUAAUUGAAUAACCAAGUUAGAUAACUGUAUUUUGCAAAUAAUGGCCCAUUAUUAUUAGACUUAAAAAUUCUGGUUAAACUUUUGCAUGUAACCACAUUUAUGUUAAUAUCUCAGCACAUCAUGUAUUGCAUUGAAAUCUAAUCUUACAGUGAUCCAUGCUUGUUUCGCCAAAACUUUUCAAUCCUUACACUGAAAAGUGGCGGAAUAGUCGAGCGCGCUGCCUCUGUGACAGCUCUUGUUUUAUUAAGAAUAGUGCAAAUUAUUGCUUUUUUUCUAUAUUGAGCAUCUAGUGUGUCAAACUCUUCAAACACCUUUUUGAGGGUUUGCUCCAAACUCGAUCAGGUAUCAUGUGCAGGUGAUCAUAAACAAACGCUUUCCUGCUGCCUCCAUAUUGACCAUGAUUAUGGCACAUUAUUGGUUUUAUUACAGUCAAAUAAUCUUGUGUGUUAAAUUCAGCUUUCACUAUUUCAAUGAUUUGCUUCCAACAGUCACAGAUGAAAAAGCAUGUUGAUUAUAAAGGAUGGAUUUUAUGCCGCAUGCAUUUUGACAAGAACUUAAAGUAUUGUAAAAAAAUACUUGCAUGUUAAAUAAUGCUCAUUCACAAUUUCGAACUGACUUAGUAUGGCACAAUUCUUCAAAUCAGCUUUCAUCGGACUAAUGCAUUAUUGUGGGGGCACAUUUUUUUAUGUGUUUUUUUGGGGGGGUUAUUUUUAUUUCUUUAAACAAUGGUUAACUGUCAUAAUAUGUUUACCAUGGUUGCUAUUGUUGCUUUAUAUAUAAUAAGUAUUUUGUUUGGUUCAUAUUUAUAUGCAGAUAUUGUAAUUGUAGCUAUUUAAGUAUUAUAAUGUCAAGAUGAUAAUGAUUGAGCUUCAUUUUUCCCCCUAAUAUAGAUUGUUGUCUUUCAACCAUAAAAGCUUAUGAAGAAGUAAAUUGAUUUUAUGCCCCCUUUGAUGUAUAUGAUACAGGUUUGCAUUUGUCAGUAGGUCGAUCAGAUGGCUAGACCAUGUCUUGUCCACACAAUAACAUGAGAACAGUUUGACUUAGGGCCAUGAAAUUUCAUGGAUAGGUUGUUCGUGACCAGUCGAUGACUCAUAUUUGGUAUGGAAUAGUAGGGUAAAGGUCAAGAUCACCAUGAAGUAUGAAAAGUGUUCCCACAAUAUUUUGAGAAAAUUCUGAACCAGUUUGAAACAUCAGGGGCUGGUUGUACAAGUUGAUAAGCCCUGGUUUUUUUAUCAGUAGGUCAAAGGUCAAUCUUAUACAAUUAUUGCACUUCAGUGAGGUCGAUAUGGUGAUUUAUCGACCUGAUAAAAGGAUAUCGACCGAGGGCGUUUAACAGUGUUGUUAUUAAGACUAUGUCACAUAAUUAAUUGAGAACAGUUUGACAUAAGACCGUGAAUCUUCAAUCAUAAAUGGUAGGUUGCCCUUGACCAGUAUGUUUUUGUGUCAGCAGGUCAAAGUUACGUUCAGCAGUCUAAUGAAACUUUUGUCUGCAAAAUACUUCAGAAUGGAUUGACAUACAAUCAAGGAACUAAACUAGUAAGAUGUUCUUGACCAGUAUAUCAAUCUCUUUCUGUUGUCAUUGUGUCAGUGGUCAAGGCCAUAGUCAAACUUGACUUAGCAUCAUGAUCUUUUACUGGUAGGUUGACCUUGAAAAGUAGAUGACCCAAAUGAUUUUGGGGUUCAGUAGGUCAAAAGAUAUAGUUAUGUUCAACAGCAUGAAAUCUUUAUCCAAACAGUAUCUUAAUAAUAGGUUGACUAGGUACUGCUGGUAGUUUGUAGUUGAUCUGUAGAUGACCCCUUUUGUUUUUAUGUAAGUCAAAGGUCAAGGUCACAACCAAUAUUGUUCAGUUAACUUCCAAAACAAUUAUUCUUUGACCUAGGACCAUGCAAACUCAUGGGUAGGUUGUAACUGAUCAAUGUAUCCUCCCUAUUGUUUGAGUGUCAAAUACAAGGUCAUUUUGCCAAUGCAUUUCUUCUUGUAACUCUUGAAGCAUAAGGGAGCAUGAUUUUUUGCAGACAUCUAUUGUUUUAUUUCACUUUAUGCAAGGGUGCUGGUUUUUCAACUGACCAAACUGCUUUGAUGUACAAUCUUCUUCAUGCAUCACCUACCUGAACAAAACUUCCUUUUGUGCAAACUAUAUGAUCUACAUUCAGCAUUCAGGACUUGUCAACAAAAGUUGACCUUUUGACAUGUUUACAUCAAAUGAAAGACAAGUAUUUGAUAUACUAUUUGAUCAUUCAGGUGUAUUGAAACAUUUUAUAAUUCAUUUUAUCACCUAAUAAAUACAAUGAAAGUUAAUUCAUUAAACACAAUUCCCAUUUUUUCUACCACUCAAUUCUAACUGGGAGUAGGAUUAAUAGUUAUUGGUCCCAGAUUCUAACUUUUUAAAGUGUGCAAAUUCAAUUCUUUAAGUUUAAAGGUUCACUUUUAUUGAAUAUUGCCACAAAAUGCACAUGCAGUAGAGAAAAUUGGACAUCAUUCUAGAGAUGUAAUUGACUAAUUGUACAUGUAUACAACUUUCCUGUACGCAACUCAUGUAUUGAAGUUCUGCUACCAAAAGCUUUUUUUCUGAAAUUAUUGUUAGAAGAUCUUAGAAGUUGAAUUCUACCUAUCAUUCAUGUGUGGCAAUAUGUGAAGGCCAAUCAACUGAAUAUAUUUAUUUUAUUAUGAUUUUGAGCAUUAGUGAACUAUUGUAUUGUAGUUUUAUUUAAUUAUUGCCUAUGGAGCGUAAUUAUAGCCCAUUAGUUAGCACAUGAAUAUAAGAUGUAUGUGCAAUAUGAAUAGCAAUGUAAGUAAUGUUGCCAAAUUUAUUGUACAAGAAUAAAGACAGCCAUACUAUUCAACCUAGCGUCGGUGAUACACCUUGGUUAAGGUUUUGCAUUUAAGCACCUUUAAGUCAUUAUCUCAGCAAAUACAUUUUGUAUUGCAUUGAAACUUAAGAUAUGUGUUCACAACUAUCAAACUUAAUUCAUGAAGUAAGAUUACACUAUUGAAUAUAGUGCAAAUAUGUUCCUUUAUUAUUUGAUUUAGAAUUUUGGUUAAGGUUUGGCAUGUAACCACAUUUAAGUAAGUACAUGUACCUCAUCACAGACAUUAUGUAUUGUAUUGAAACUUUAUUCAAGGACUCCCUACCAUCCAACCUUCUGAAUUAAUCAAGUAGGAUUAUAAGUAUCUUCCAUGGCUGAGAGUGUAAGAUAGGUUCAUUCCGACCCGAGCGUAGGGUGUUUUGCGGAAACGAGGUUUACCGAGUUUCCUCAUCCGAGGUUUACCGAGUUUCCGCAAAACACCCUGCGCGAGGGUCGGGAUAAACCUAUCUUACACGAGCGGCUAUGGUAGAUGCUUUUUCUCCCACCUCAGUUUAACAAAAUUUAGUAAAAAUGUAUUUGUUGCUUGAACUCUUUUGUGCGUAGUAAAAAUAAUGCAUAUGGAUAUUUGAUAAUUCAUGGUUGUCAUGGAUAUGGGCGCAUUGAUUCAGAUGCUUCCUAGAUAAAUAGCCCCCAAGUCAAAUAGCCCCCAUUUUGGUUAAAUAGUCCACACUCACAUUUUAAAAUUGGUCAAAUAGCCCCCAAAAAACGCCCCCACUUUUUUAUAUUUUUUUUAUAUGUAUGUAUGCAUACUUAUUUUAUUCCAAAACAUUUUUAAACCUUUAUUUUUUUUCAAAAGGAAGUUCAAUUAACGUUAUUUGUAUAUUAAUAAAUCUGACAAUUUUACCAAGUAAGAAUAUCAAACGUUUUAAAAUAUUACUUAUAAAUAAUAUAUUAGUACAUGUACAUCAAAUCUACAUUUUAAAUGCCAUAAGUUUUUUUGUGUUUUUCUUUAUUUUAAUAUUGAUUACACAUCGAAAUUAAGUAACAACAAGAAAUUAUAUAUUUUAACUUUUUUUUUAAUUUUGAAAUAAUUUACAUUUUAUUCACAUCUAUGAAUCAAAGUUUCCUCUUCAGAAAAACAGAAUGUGAGUUUAGCUAAAAUCCUAUGUAUAAUUCUUGUUUGAAACCAUUGAAUGUACUGGGUGAGUACCUAAAUAGGAACACCUUCGGCACUAUUUUUGAAAUAUUUUUAGUUAGACUUGCACCACAACUAAAAAAAAUUCCAUCAGCAUACUAGGAUUCAAGUCAGACCAAUUGGUUGAUAUAAAUGGCAUUUUUCAAGAUACUACCAAUCUGCAUGAAAAGUACUUUAUUAACCGCACAAUCAAGGACUGCCAUUUUUGUCCUUGGAGUACCUAAAUAUGGAACAGUUUUAAUUUGUUUUUAUGUAUUCUUUUAAAAUUAUUGCACCAUGUUCUUUUUAAAGCUGCACUCUCAUAGAUUUACCGUUUUUACAACUUUUUUAUUUUUUGUCUUGGAAAAAGAAUUUGUUUGCAUAAAUAUCUGCAAACCAAUGAUAAAAGAUUGCUGACAAAAGAUCAGACCGCAGAUUUGCAUAUUUCCGUUCGAAAAUCAAUGUUUUAUACUAACAGUUUAAGAAAAAUGCAUAAAACAUUAAUUUUUGAACUUAAAUAUAAAAAUCUGCGAUCUAAUUUUUUGUUAGCAGUCUUAUAUAACUGGUUUCAUUGGAUUUUCGCAAAAAUUGGCUCGUUCAAAGACAAAAAAUAAUCAUGUAUCAAUAUGUGACUAUUUACAUUGUAUUAUGCUACAGGCUAAGAGAGGUGUACAACAACUAACAAUUGCAUACUGAUCGCCAUGAAACACAGUAUAUAUUGUAACUUUGGUGCCAUCUCCCCCACUACUCGCAUUCCACUCCAUGCUGCCUAGGCCGCACCUCCUUCUCACAAUCUAUACAAGGAUAGUCCAUUUUGCAUCCAAACACUCACAAUUAAUAAAUAUGACUUAAUAAAAAAUGAAAAAUCCAAUAUACACUUAAAAGAUUCUCAAUACGACUUAACAAACAUGAAUAAUCCAAUAUACACUUUAAAAAUUGUCAUCCAGCACCACAUUCAUGAACUCAUUUCCACAAUGAAAGCUUUGCUAACAAUCAAUUAUUUUAAACUAAAUCAAAAUUAAUUGUUAUUAAAAAUAUCAAAGAGAAGGUGUGCAAACUAAAUUAUUUGAAGUCAGUUAUUAAGCUUAGUGUGAACGUACUUUAAUAUUGUGCAAACUAAAUUAUUUGAAGUCAGUUAUAAAACUAAGUGUGAACCCACUUUAAUCUUUCUUCAAAGGAUUAUUGCACAAUGUGAUCAUUUAGAUGCUCUAUCUUAUCUAAUUAAUAAAUCUUUAAUAUGUGCAAAAUAUUUUUUAUAUUUUAACAUUUUAAUUAUGAAGAAAUGCUAGUGUUUGAUUAGCAAUUAUGUAAAUGCAAUAUAUCUUAAAAAUAUUACAACUAACCUUCAAAUAUAAAUACAAAUAUCUUAAAAAUAUUAUAACUUACCUUUAAAUAUACAUUCAUAAUGAUUCAAAUAUCUUAACAAUAUUACAACUUACAUUCAAAUAUCUUAAAAAUAUUACAACUUACAUUCAAAUAUCUUAAAAAUAUUACAACUUACCUUCAAAUAUAAUUUCAAAUAAAAAAAGGAGUGGGGGCUAUUUGACCAAAAUGGAGGCGUUUUGACCAAAUUGGGGGCGUUUUGACCAUUUUUUUCCAAGUGGGGACUAUUUUACCAAAAGUGUGGGGGCUAUUUGACUAAAAUGGGGGCUAUUUGACUUGGGGGCUAUUUGCCCAGGUUUCAUUCAGAUUAUGUUAAUAGUAAAAUCGUUCUUUUUAAAUAGUUCUAAGGAGAAUGAAGCAUUAUUUCUUGAAUGGUGCGUGAAAACUGUUUUAUGGUGACAUUUGAAGCGAGAAAUAAUUAAUUAGCAUUCUUAAUUUUAAAACUUAUUCUGUAGGGGGGAGGUCUAGUUCAGAAGUGCCUUUUCCCCGUGGGUUAUAUGUUUAAAUGGAAUAGCCCUUAGUAUUUUGCAUGUAAUCUAACUAAAAAGUGAUCCAUGCAUGUUUCACCAAACAUUACAAUCAAGAAACGUAUCAGCCGCGUAAUAGCUCAUGUGGUUUAAGGGCUUUUGUGUGGUUAUGUGGAGUAAGUGUUUUGAUAAUCACUGUUGUCUCUGAUAUUAAGUGUUUUAGAUCUGUUUUGUUGUUUUCACAUUGUUUUAUUCAUGUACAUGCAUAUAUUAUUGUUGCAAUAUUUGUUUUGUCUGUCAGUGCAUUUUAAGGACCAUCAUUCUGGCUCUAACAUUUCCUUGUGAUAAAACUAUGCCAUGUUUGAUGUAUUUAUCAGUCUGUGUUUUAUAAAUGUAUUUGUUACAUUAUAAUUAACUGUUGAAGCUGUGUUGUUGUGUUGUUGCUGUUUUGCAUGCUUGGUUUCUCUUUAAGAUGAAACUUUAUUUUGUGUGAUUUUAGCUUGUUGUCUUACAGCUGCACUCUCACAGUUUUACCGUUUUGACAACUUUUUUUAUUUUUUGCCUUGAAAUGAGCCGAUAUCUGCAAACCAGUGACUUUUGACAAAAGAUCAGAUCGCAGAGUUUCAUAUUUCCGUUCGAAAAUUAUUUUUUUAUGGCUAAAAACGUUACUAACUGUUUAAGAAAAAUGCAUGAAACAUCAAUUUUUGAACUAACACAUAAAAAUCUGCGAUCUAUUUUUUUGUCAAUGCAUUUUCGCAUAAAUUGGCCUGACAAAAAAAUAAAAAGUUGUCAAAACGUUCAAUCUGUGAGAGUGCAGCUUUAAAUCUAAUCUAAGCGUAUCAACAAGUGUUGUCAUUUUAUCAUGGCUUAUAUAUCAUAUCUUUCAUUGUUUUUAAAGAAGAAAUCAAUGAAUAUGAAAGUGUUUAAACUUUAAAUUUUAAAUCAUUAUGAUGAAAACACCUUUGUUACAAAAUCUAUUAAAUCAUUUUUAACAUGACAGAAUGCAUUUUUAAUUUCAGACAAAACAUUGAAACAAUUAUUUAAAUAGUUAGGUAUUUUUUGUUUCAAUGCCCUUAUUUGCUUAAAACACUGUAUUUGUUUGAAUCAGGCGUUCAUGUGCCAGUGUCAAUGCUCUUUUGUCUGUCAGUUGGGUUUACCUCCCUGUUCCGAGUAGCCAGGGAGCUGUUAUACCCACAAUUGUCAUUUGUUACAAAUAAAUUUUGAAAAAUC